UGCUCGCGGCGUGCCACCCACCAUGCCUCGCGCCGCCGCCUUCCUGCUCGCCGCCAUCGUCAACAUCGUGGUGCUGGGCACGGCCCUGGCGUCGACGGCGACCUGCGAGGAAGACGACGACGAGCCGCGCUGCGGCUAGAGCGCUCCGCUCCACCACGCCGAGACGCCCCAAUCGAAGUUCUGGCUUCGAGAAUCAAGUCUGAAGUAGAAACUGUGUUCAUGUUUAAAAGCGAUCUCUUGCCCGCGGAUCUGUGACUGAAACUAGAACUAGACGCCCACCGCGAAAAGACGUUAUUCCGAAUAGUACAAUUAAAGACAGCUUCCCGCUGGACUAGAAAGGGAAACUUGUGAUUUUAGCAACUAAGGACAUGUGUGGAGCAGCAUCGCAGUGUGUUGAUCUGAGCUGACCUAGCCUCGCACCGAUCCGCCAUGACGGUUCUAGCUCUACUGCUAGUGCUGUGCCUGGCAGCCAGGCCGGCCCAGCCCCAGGACGAUGAACAGGUGACCAAGUGGGCGCGCGAGCUGGGCGACGAGCUGUGGGAGCUGGGCCGCCAGAUCUGCAAGCCGGACGAGAUCAAGAGGGAGUACAGCCGCCACAACGCGCGCACGGAGAUCAAGACGGGCGACGCCAUGCUCAACGACAUCGUCGGCAACAUGGAGCGCAUGCUGCAGCAGAAGAUGGACGCCGUGCAGUGCAUCAUGGAGCGGGCGGAGGAGAGCGCGCAGAACUUCGAGUACGACGACUCCCGGUACUGGCUGUACCACAGCGCCAAGGCGUCGCCCGUGUACUUCAACGGCGAGCCGCUGGACGCCAACAUGAAGCGCAAGGAGGAGGAAGAGGAGGAGGACGAGUCUCUGCUGACGGAGGCGGAGCGCUACCGCAAGAAGGCCCUGGCCGAGGAGGAGGAGCAGAGCAAGCACAAGGUGCUGCGCUUCGACUGGGACAACCUCACGGAGCCCGAGUACCUGGACCUGUGGCUGGAGGAGCGCCAGCCGCUGUUCUACGGCAUCCCCAUCAACUUGACGCACAGCAGCGUGCACGUCCCGGACAACGUGUUCGACCACGGCCCGCACGUUCAGGCCGGACUCCAGUGGUCAGAGGACCUGAACGAGGUGUUCAGGAACAACUACGGAGCCGACCCCUCCCUCUCCUGGCAGUACUUCGGGCACUCUACGGGCUUCAUGAGGAUAUUCCCAGCGCUGCACUGGGUCACCAGGAAGGAGGAGGACGUCGAGGACGAGAAGGACGUCGUCGUGGACGUGUUGAACCUGCCCGCCGGGGAUGACCCCAACGCCGGCAACAGCGCCGCGACGCCCCCCAACCCGGACGCCACCGCCGCCGCCGGGGACGCCGUCAAGCCGGUGGCGCCGCUGCUGGAGGAAGAGGAGGACGAGGAGGAGGACCGAAUGCCCGACCUGUACGACUGCCGGCGCAGGGAGUGGUACAUCGAGGCGGCCACGUGCACCAAGGACGUCGUCAUCCUGGUGGACAACACGGGCUCCAUGUGGGGCGUCCGCAAGGCCAUCGCGCACCUCACCGUCCGCGAGCUCCUCGCGACGUUCGGCGCCAACGACUUCGUCAGCGUCAUCUCGUACAACGACACCGCCAUGAGCGUCGUGGAGUGCUUCGAGGGCACGCUGGUCCAGGGAACGCCCGAGUACAAGGAAGCGUUGAGCAAGGCGCUGGACACCCUGAAGCCCGAGGAGUACGCCAAUCUGACCCACGCCCUGCUCUACGCCAUGGACCUGCUGGACAGCUUCCGGUCCAGCCAGAACUGCCCGGACCUGCACUGCAACCAGGCCAUCAUGCUGGUGACGGACGGCAUCGCCUUCAACAUGACGGACUUCAUGCUGCGCUACAACCGCGACGAGAACGGCAUGGCGCCGGUGCGCAUCUUCACGUUCCUGCUGGGCCGGGAGGUGACGCGCGUGCUGGAGAUCAUGGAGAUGGCCUGCCUCAACCGGGGGUACUACUCGCACGUGCAGUCCAUGAACGAGGCCCGCGAGGACGUCCUCAAGUACAUCCCCGUGGUGGCGCGGCCCCUGGUGCUGCAGGAGGUGGACCACCCCAUCCGCUGGACGCCCCUCUUCGCCGACACGUCCGACCCCAAGAUGGACGUGUGGCUGUACAACGUGAUGCACCACGAGGAGCAGCGCACCCGCCUCGACACGCACGAGAAGAAUAGCCAGCUGUAUUACAGCGAGCGCAAGCAGGACAAUAAGUACAUCCAGGACGAGGUCCAGGACAAGGAGUACGACCCCAUCGUGCACCGCUUCAGGGAGUACCGCAUGAUGACGUCCGUGUCCGUGCCCGCGUUCGACCGCAAGCUGUCCCACGAGUACAGCAACGAGACGGAGGUCCGCGCGGAGCUGCUCGGCAUCGCCGGCAUCGACGUCCCCAUCCUGGACUUCGUCAAGCUCACCAUGCCGCACAGCAUUGGCGUCAACGGCUACGUCUUCAUCGUGACCAACAACGGCUACAUCCUGACGCACCCGGACCACCGCCCUGUGCUGAAGGGCAUCUUGAAAACGAACUACAACAGUGUGGACCUGUCGGAGGUCGAGUUCGCGGACGAGGAGCGCGAGCCGCGGGACCCCAGCCCCGACAUCCUGGAGCUGCGCGAGGCCAUGGUGAACCACUCCAGGGCGCACAUGCAGAUCAGAAUCAAGUUCCACUUCGACGAAAUGCGCCGCGUGGACAGCGAGCUCAAGGACGUGUACAUCGCGCCGCUCAACGGCACGCCCUUCUCCAUCGCCAUGGUGCUGCCCACGGAGUACGGCCACGCCUGGCUCAAGGUGGCCUCGGACGAGUUCAAGAAGUACCGCCAGGCGGGCUCCGACCCCACGCUCUUCUUCGACUCCACGCGCUGGAAAAUCCACCCAGAGUGGGACUACUGCGCGUACUUCCACGAGGACUACCGAGUGUUCGCCAGCCCGGAGGCGCGGGUCCUGCACUUCGUGGAGCGCGCCAGCCACAAGAACUGGGAGUGGCGGGAGCGCUUCAGGGCCCCGCCGCCGGACGCGCAGGGGCGGUGCGCCAGGCCGCAGCUGGACCAGAGCGACUACUACUGUGAUCGCGAACUGAUGCAGCUGCUGGUGUUCGACGCGCGCCUCUCGCAGCCCUACUUCAAGGGCUCCAAGUGGGAGCCGAAGACGAGAGACGAGCAGGACCUGGCUCGGAAGUACAACGUGAGCCUCAGGUUCAUCUCCAUGCAGAGCGGGCUGCUGCGCUGGCAGGCCAUGCACGACCGCCCCGCCGAUGGAAAGCCCGCGCCGGAGUGGGGCGAGUCCAACAACCACGCCAUCGAGGAGCCCUGGUACGUCGGCGCCGUGCUGCAGCACCAGGUCAACAACUAUUCGUUCUACUUUUCGCUGCCGCCAGACGCAGAGCGACAAGACCCCAACCUGCUGACGGUGACGGCGACGCACGCCGUCUUCCACCUGGACGAGAGCAAGUACGUCCCGGCCAGCGUGCUGGGCUACGUGAUGCCCCACGCCUCCCUGCAGCGCCGCUUCGAGAACGUCACCUCCAAGGCCUGCAAGACGUGCCUGCCGUGCUCCAGUGAGAGGCUCGACUGCUACCUGCUGGACUCGGCGGGCUACGUCAUGGCCAGCAAGUCCUCCCUGGACACGGGCCGCUUCUUCGGCGAGAUCGAGGGCGCCGUCAUGGCCGAGAUGGUGACCGCGGGGUUGUUCACCGUGCGGAAGGUGUACGACUACCAGGCGCUCUGCUACGAGGAGGUGCCCCUGGACAGCGGCGCCGGCUUCCUCGCCACGCCGCUGAUACAGCUGCGGUGGCUGUGGCACUGGACAGUGGGCCGGCUGGCGUGGCUGCUGCUGCAGUCCGAGCUCGCGGAGGCGCUGGCUGGGGACUGGCUGCUCCGGGACUGGCUGUCCCGACUUAUCCCCCCAGGCCCCCACGGCCCCCACGGCCCCCACGGCGACUACCGGCGGUUCGGCAAAGCCAAGCGAAGGGUGAAGCGGAAGAAGGCCCGACCCGAGGAGGAGCUGGGGGAGGUGUUCCCCAGGAAGCCGCCCAAGGGCGCCAAGAAGACCGUCAGCUUCCCCUGCGAGCGGAAGACGGAGCUGUACCGACUCGAGCAGGAGAAGAUGAGGGAUGGCAACUUUCGACUGCCCCCUCCAGAGUGCAGCAGCGAUUCCAGACCGUACUCUGCCCGCGCGGUGCCAAACUCGAACAUGCUGCUGGUGGUGACCGACCCCAUGAGUUCCAACACGUGCUUUAAUCGCCUGUUCGCGUCCUCGACGGUCAUCGAGUACAACGUCACUCAGCCCUGCCAGAAAAUGAACCUCAAUGACUUGCCCCGAAGAAGACUGGGGGGCUGCUACAACCAGCACCCAAAGGAAAAGUAUAUGAGACAGUGUGGCGAUGCAGGGACUGCAGUCGUCAAUGUAGCAGCAGUGCUGGCCAGCAUUUCAAUUUUUGUCAUUCUACCGCGAGUAGUUGGGUGAUAAGCUUAUGCCGAGGAAACUGGCGGCAUUGAAAUGGGAUGAUAAGGGCAAAAAAAGAACAAAAAUCAAAAUGUACUUUUUCUUUUAUUCUUUUGUUAAUUAAAAAGGUAACACGUAACUGCUCCAA